AUGGAAGGAGCCGAUAUCGUGGAGUCACCGCGCAAGCGACAGAAGACCGACAACGACAACACUUCCUCCGAAGAAGUCGCCGUCGCAGCCAAACCCGCCGCCGACGAUGCUCAAUUACAGAAGGAAAUCGAGGUUGGGAUUACGGAGUUUGUUAGCCCGGAGAAUGAGGGAUUCUCGGGGAUUUUGAAGAAGAGAUAUACCGACUUUCUGGUUAAUGAGAUCUUGACUACCGGUCAGGUUCUGCAUCUGAAGAACAUCGCGACGCCGGAGCAGAAGAAAGAGAAGAAGGAUAUCAAGCCCGAGCCAGCGGCUGAGUCUGCUACGGAGAAUAUCGCGCCCAAGGCUGAAGAAGAAUCCAAACCUGCCGAAACUGCGCCCGAGCCCGCCCCCGAAUUCAACCUCUCCGACGAGGACCGCACCACACUGAACACCUACUUCGGCGAAGAUGCUACGGACAAGAUUGUUGCCCUGCACAAACGGGCGCAAGCCUCCAAUGCCCGCCCCAGCGCAUUCGACAAGAUCGCUACCUCCGUCAUGACCGACCGCGACCAGCGAAUCCAAGUGCACCAAGCCAUCCGCCGCGUUUUCAACUCGCAGCUCGAAUCCAGUACAGACGGCGAGGGUAUGAUGUGGAUCUCUGCAGCACCGAACCGCAACAAGCGGAAUGGACAGGGUGGACAGAAUGCACGCGGUGGACGGGAUGCGAAUCGGAAUAACUGGCAGGAGCUUGGUGGUCCGUAUUUGCACUUUACGAUUUACAAGGAGAACAAGGAUACCAUGGAGGUGAUUUCGUUCUUGGCACGAACAUUGAAGACGAAUCCCAAGUCGUUUCAGUUUGCUGGGACGAAGGACCGGCGGGGUGUGACUGUUCAGCGGGCGUGCGCGCAUAAAGUGAAGGCGGAGCGACUGGCCCAGAUGAACAAGACGCUGCGCAAUGCGAGACUAGGCGACUUUGAGUACCGCGAGCACGGACUGGAGCUAGGCGACCUCAACGGCAACGAGUUCGUGAUCACACUCCGCGAACUCGACAUCCCUGGCGUCGACCUAAGCGAUCGCGAAACAGCCACCUCCAGAGCUAACGACCUCGUCGGCUCCGCCCUCCGCAGCCUUCGCGAACGCGGUUACUUCAACUACUACGGUCUCCAACGCUUUGGAACAUUCUCCACGCGCACCGACACCAUCGGUGUGAAAAUGCUCCAGGGCGACUUCAAAGCCGCCUGCGAAGCAAUCCUUCAAUACCCCCAACACGUCCUCGCUGCAGUGCAAAACCAAUCCCAGGACGCAGGAAACAUCAGCACUGACGACAAGGCCCGCGCCCAAGCAAUCCACCACUUCCAAAGCACAGGCAAAAGCGCAGAAGCACUCGAAAUACUGCCCCGCAAGUUCUCCGCGGAAAUGAACCUCAUCCGCCACCUCGGCCGUUCGAAGAACGACUUCAUUGGCGCGUUGCAGAUGAUUCCCCGCAACCUGAGACUCAUGUACGUCCACGCGUACCAGAGUCUGGUCUGGAACUUUGCCGCAGGCGAAAGAUGGCGGUUAUACGGCGAUAAGGUCGUCGAGGGAGACCUCAUCCUCGUGCACGAACACCGCGAGAAAGAAGGCGACGCCUCGACUGAGACCAGAAACGAAGUCGACGCCGAUGGCGAAGUCAUUAUUAUCCCCGCAGCACACGACUCCGCCCGCGCCGCAGAUGACCAGUUCACGCGUGCGCGCGCCCUCUCCGCUACCGAAGCUGCGUCUGGGCAAUACACAAUCUUCGACAUCGUUCUCCCGCUUCCUGGAUUCGACAUAUCAUAUCCCGCGAACGCAAUGACGGAUUUCUACAAACGCUUCAUGGGCAGUGAGGAGGGCGGAAACCUAGACCCAUUUGACAUGCGCCGUAAAUGGAAGGACGUCAGUCUUAGUGGGGGUUACCGCAAACUGCUCAGUCGGAUGGGCGAGGAUUACUCGUUCGAAAUAAAGACGUAUGAGAAGGACGAUGAGCAGUUUGUUGUUACGGAUUUGGUGGCUGCCACUAAUCCUGAGUCUGAGAAAACUGAGGUGAAGACUGGGGAGGAAGAGACUGGACAAGGGAAAUUGGCUGUGGUGCUCAAGUUCCAGCUUGGCACGAGCCAGUAUGCUACCAUGGCGUUGCGGGAGUUGAUGAAGGGGAGGGCUAAGGCUUAUACGCCUGAUUUUGGAGGCAGAUAG